UUAUUUUGUGUGAAAAUUAUUGUUCUUAAAAAUAGUGAUAUUUAAAAAGUUCCAGUUAAAAAUGUUUGCCAUUAGUCCACGUUUGUGUGAUGACCACAGUUUACUCCGUCUGGCCGAUGAUUUAGUGCAUCCUUGGGACAUUUAUAGAUCGCCAAUGUUGUUCAAUUUGGACAGCGCACUUUCUAACGGCCGUCUUGGCGAUUCAGAGAUACAAAACACUGACAAAGAAUUCAGGAUUCGCUUAGAUCUCCGCCAUUACAGUCCUGAAGAAGUAAAGAUUACCUCAGACAACAAAAAGAUCACAAUCAAAGCAAAGCAUGAGGAGAAGCAGGACAAACAUGGUUUUGUGUCUAGGGAAAUGAUCAGGACAUAUGCACUACCAGAUGAUGUGGAUGCAAAGUCAGUAACAUCAACAAUGAACUCACAUGGAAAACUUAGUAUUAAAGCCUCUAAGAAAGCUAUUGAACCACCUAAAGAAACUGCAGUUCCAGUGGAGUUUAAGGGACAGUGAAAGAUGGGGUCUUCAACUUCUUAUAGUCCAUGGAAUAUUAUUGCUUACAUCCCAUUUGUUUCAUACAUGUCGACUGCUAUUGGUGUUUAGCUGUCUGUUGUGUAUUUUUUAUAAUUGACUUUUUUUGUAACUUUGCUGAAUAAAUUGAUGUUAAAUAUUAUAAUGCUA